AUGUCAUUCCUAUCAUUUCUUAUUCUUGCUCUUCCUCUUCUUCCCUAUUUUUUCGUAUCCUUGAUUUCCUUCACUAUUUUUUCUUAUUUUUGCACUUCUUCCAAUUUUUUCUUCUUCUUGCUCUUCCUUUUUUCUUCUUAUCCUUCCUCUUCUCUUUUUCUUCUUAUCCUUGCUCUUCCUUUUUCCUUCUUAUCCUUCCUCUUCCUUUUUUCUUCUUAUCCUUCCUCUUCCUUUUUUCUUCUUAUCCUUCCUCUUCCUUUUUUCUUCUUAUCCUUGCUCUUCUCUUUUUCUUCUUAUCCUUGCUCUUCCUUUUUUUCUUCUUAUCCUUGCUCUUCCCUUUUUCUUCUUAUCCUUGCUCUUCCUUUUUUUCUUCUUAUCCUUGCUCUUCCUUUUUUCUUCUUAUCCUUUUUCAUUUUUUUUCUUCUUAUCCUUGCUCUUCAUUUUUUCUUCUUAUCCUUGCUUUCCCUUUUCUUCUUAUCCUUGCUCUUCCUUUUUCUUCUUAUCCUUGCUCUUCCUUUUUCUUCUUAUCCUUGCUCUUCCUUUUCUUCUUAUCCUUGCUCUUCCCUUUUUCUUCUUAUCCUUGCUCUUCCCUUUUUCUUCUUAUCCUUGCUCUUCCUUUUUUCUUCUUAUCCUUGCUCUUCUUCCCUAUUUUUUCAUUUUUGCUCUUCUUCCCUAGUUUUUCUUAUUCUUGCUCUUCCCUAUUUUUUAUCCUUUCACUUUUGUCCCUAUUUUUCCUAUCAUUUCUCUCUUUUCUUAUCCUUGCUCUUCUUUCUUGUUUUUGAACAUCCUUGCUCUCCUUACCCAUUUUCUUAUCCUUGCUCUUCCUUACUAUUUAUUCUCAUCAUUUCUCCAGAAAAUAAGAAAGAAGAGCAAAGAUAA